AUGUUCUGCAUAUUAUACCUGGCUGCACUCAGUGUGCUCGCAGGUGAGAGCCAGAACUUUACCAGUUCAGGUGAGAUGAACAUCACGUCGUGCCCCAUCACCUACUACGGACAGAGAUAUGACAAAGUAUAUGUGGGCUUCAACGCCAGCAGAUUUGCUGUUUGCUUCAAUGGCGAGUACGAACCUGGAAUCAAGAACGACUGCAUCCUGAUGUCUGGAGGAACGGCUGACAGAGGUAGCAUGAACAUAUACGCAAGAGAAAUCCCAACUGGAUCUGGGGUCCAUGACCUUCUACCGAACCUGAAGCUCGCUGGGAAAUGUGUCAACGUGAUUACAUUAAAUGACAGUCAACAAUCGGAGAUUCAACAAAUUGAACUUGGCAAUUUUGGGCCACAAGCGAUUCUGGCAAUCCAGACGUAUUCUGGAUACACUCCUUUUGAUGUCGUGAGCGUUGUUUACAAGACAAACACGACAGGUCGAGACCCAAGCAUCUGCUCCACUGUUUCCUGUGAUGCGAGUGGAGUUGCUGCUGCUGUCAGUGACUGUGGUCCCAUGGAGCGCUGCAAUGGAAAUGGCAGCUGCAUCUCAAACAACGUGUGCACCGUGAUCGGCUCCACGGUCAUCGGUUUCGCAGGGCAGGUCCACGCUGUCCCGGACCGCUGUGGCUACACUCUGUUCAAGACCUCAUCCAUCCCCGGCUUCCAGGUGGUGGGCGUCUUCCAGGAGAGACGCCGUAAAGACUUCAGCUUUUUGAAACGUGUGAUCCUGCAGCUGGACACGGCGGGAGUUCAAAUCUCUCUGGAACAAGGGAGUCGAGUUCUGCUUGACACCAGAGAGCUCAGACUCAACACCACAGCGAUGCUGGUCCGUGGUGUGGAGCUCACCAAGGACCAAACUGGAGUGACGGCUAAGAUGUCCGCCUUCAACUUCACAGUUUCUGUCCACUUCGAUGGCUCCAUCACUCACGUCCACUUGACAGGGCCAAAUGGACCAGACGCACACGGUUUAUGUGGAAAUUCCAGUCGGACUGUGAGUGAAGAGAAAGUCUCCACACACAGUGUCACCGGCUGUGACACGCAGUAUAACGAGGCUGCGGACCCGACUAUCAACUGCAGCACCUCAACUGACUGGUGUAACCUCCUGAAGCAGGCUCCCUUUAGUGCUUGCAACAUGCAACAUGACCCACAACCCUUCAUUACUGCCUGCACACAAACGCUGUGUAAUUACCCUGAAGUGGAUGGUCUCAAAUGUCAGUUCCUGGAGGCGUACGCCGGAGCCUGCAGCCUCUCCAACAUCACAGUGGAGGAAUGGAAGUCGCAGACCCGAUGCUCUGCUUUCUAUCACGGCUUCUGUCAAGACACGUUCUGCAGUGAUCACGAGUUCUGUGGGCAGAAGAACAAAGGGGGAACCGGCUGCGUCUGCCGGGCCAUGUUCGCCUCCAAGUACAAAUCAACCGGCUCCUUUGGAGAGCCAAUGGUCUGCGAGCAGAAAGCUGCUAAGCUGACUAUGGCUAAAUGUCUCUUGGAGGACAAAGGCAUCGACUUCUCUGUCUUACAUCUCAAUGACGUGGACUGCAAAGGUCAAAUGGACAAUGAGACCCACAUGGUGACGUUCAGCUUUGACACGCACAAAACCUGUGGAACCGUGAUCCUGGCAAACACCAGCCAAAUCAUCUACAAGAACACCAUCGUGAACCGGAACAGCUCCACGUACGGCAUCAUCCACCGUCAGGACUCGGUUCAUGUGGACUUCUCAUGUCUUUACGAUCAGCCGGACAUCAGGAACUUUGCCUUCACACUCAGUGACAGCUCCAUCACCCAUCAUAUUACUUCUGGACAAUGGAUUUACAAUCUCUCCAUGAAGGCCUUCAGGGACACUGACACCAAGGAAGCCUUACAACAAAGGGGUGAAACGCAACUGGACGAGAAGUUGUUGGUGGAGCUGAACGCGGAUGGGCUGGAUGAUGAAAUGGUUGUUUUGGUGACGGAGUCCUGCUGGGCGACCGACCAGCCCAGCCCAAACGGAAGCCUGAGAUAUGACCUCAUCAUCAAAGGCUGCCCUAACCCCGUGGACUCCACGGUGACGGUGAAGAACAACGGACAGGGAGCAUCCAACAGUUUCUCCUUUCACACAUUCCAGUUCUUUGGCAAGGAUGGUGAGGUCUUUUUGCACUGCAGAGUCGUGCUGUGUGUCAAGAAGGGUAACACCUGCAUCCCGGUAGGUCGACAGCUCCUGACUAGAUUCACAUAA